AUGGACCCAAUCUUGAAAACGCACAUUUCGGACCGUACGAAGGUGAAGACUGCCUUGACUCGUUUUAAGAAAUUUUUUGAAUCAUACGACCGCUCAACUUCGGUAACAGCACUGGAAAUUCAUUUGGGAAAAAUUUCGCAAUUGUAUGAAAAAUUUGAUGGGAUACAAUCGUUAAUAGAAGAUAUCGUAGAAGGAACCGAUCUCGAAGAAAAGAACGCGAACGAACGAGAAUCAUUUGAAACUUCGUAUUGUAAUAUAGUUGCCGCAGCAAAGGAUUAUAUUGCACAAACGCGAGUACAAAAUUUUGCGCACACGAACAUAUCAAAACAAAGUACCUCGUCUUCGGGAACUGAACCUCAAUUUCGUGUCAAAUUGCCUACGAUAGAAUUACCUACGUUCGAUGGGACGUACAGUUUGUGGUUAAAAUUCAAGGACACAUUCGAAUCAUUAAUCCAUAACAAUAAAGCUCUAGGUAAUAUUGAAAAAUUUCAUUAUUUAAAUUCCUCGUUAAAGGGCGACGCAGCUCGCGUAAUACAAUCGUUAGGAGUUUCUGAAUUAAAUUACGGUCUUGCAUGGAAAGCGUUAAAGGACAGAUUCGAGGAUCGCAAUACAAUCAAGCACGACCACAUCCGUACAUUAUGGGACUUGCCUGUAUUAACGAAAGAAUCUUACUCGGGACUUCGGCGGUUACUCGAUGAUAUGAAAAAUAGUUUACUCGCACUUAAUGCAUUAGGAGAACCAACAGAACAUUGGGAUAGUCUAAUUAUAUAUUUAUUAACGACGAAGUUAGACACUGUAACGAUACGUGAGUGGGAACAAAAACAAUCGAACAUUGCGAGUGAUGUUACAUUGCGGGAUAUGACCGUCUUUUUAGAGAAGCAUUGUAAAUACCUUGAAAAAACUGCAAAGGCCAAGGUAGUACCGUCGAAUAAGAUUGCAAUAAUUAAUGAAACACGAAACACUCGGUUCAAGAAUGUAGCAGCACACGUUGCGAACACGCGGACAGAAUGUAUACUUUGCAAGGCUGAGCACCCGUUGUAUAAUUGCACUCAGUUUUUAAAAUUAUCUCCGGGCGACCGUAUUUCGAGGAUUCAGGAAUUGCGUGCAUGCUUUAAUUGUCUCCAACAAGGACAUAGAAAUAUGGAAUGUACGCGUGGAGGAUGUAGGAAAUGCUCAAAAAGGCAUCACACCCUCUUACAUUUAGACAGUGGUGCACAUAAACCAUCAGUAUCGACCAAUGUUUCACUCUCGCACAAACAAACACAAAAUGUAAAUACGGACACUGACACGAACCGUCCUAAAGAACAAAUCACUUCACAUACGUACAUUUCACAUUCAAGGGACAAUUGUACAAUGUUAUCCACUGCGGUAGUAUAUAUAAAUGAUUGUAAGGGACAUAGGCAGAAAUGUCGAGUAUUGUUAGACUCAGGAUCUCAGUCUCACUUCAUCACUGACGCGCUGAUUAAAAAACUAGGACUUCCGUGUAGUACAACGAACAUUAGAGUUUCGGGAAUAGGAAAUUUAGCACGUAACUUACAAUAUCAAUCAUGCGUAAAAUUAACAUCAAGAUUCAAUGGAUUCACCACAUCAAUUUCAUGUCUAUUAUUACCGAAAAUAACCGGAAAUAUUCCAAGCACACACAUCGACUUAUCUGAUUUACCGAUUCCUGCACAUAUCAUGCUCGCGGACCCCCAUUUCCAUCAACCCGGGGAAAUCGAUAUGAUUAUCGGAGCAGGUAUGUUUUGGGACCUAUUGUGCAUCGGACGCCACUCUUUAGGACCGAACUACCCAUCAUUACAAAAGACACAGCUCGGGUGGAUUAUCAUUGGUAAUAUGACUCGCGCACAUCUUACAACACAAACACGAACCACGUGCCAUGUUGUAACGAAUCAACAGUUACAUAAUCAAGUAGCGGAUUUCUGGAAAAUUGAACAAUGUAUUGAUGAAGGACGUCUCAUCGACAAAAAUCAUUAUUGCGAGAAACAUUUCCUGUCAACUUCAACUCGGGAUAACGACGGACGACACGUGGUUGCAAUUCCCUUCAAGGAAGAGAUCAACGGACUAGGACAUUCGAGACAACAAGCAGAACGCCGACUACUUGCAUUGGAACGAAGGUUGACCAAACAACCGCAGAUUCAACAAGAAUAUAUUGCCUUUAUGAGGGAAUAUGAAGAACUUGGACACAUGACGGAACUAAACGAGGAGCAACGUGAAGAUGGAUUCUAUUUACCGCAUCACGCCAUCAUAAAGGAGAGCAGCAGCACCACAAAAUUGCGCGUAGUUUUUGAUGGAUCCGCAAAAACUACAUCUGGACUAUCCCUGAACGAUGUACAGAUGGCUGGGCCAGUGGUACAAGAGGAUCUACUGUCGAUUGUAUUACGUUUCCGCAAACAUCGGUAUGUUCUGUCAGCAGAUAUCGCGAAAAUGUAUCGCCAAAUACGAGUACGUAAGGAAGAUCGUCGCUUCCAAAAAAUAGUAUGGCGAGAAAAUAGUACCUUGCCAAUUAAAACGUAUGAAUUAAAUACUGUGACGUAUGGGACAACAUCCGCACCUUUCCUGGCGACCAGAACCUUGCAAUGCAUUGGAGAAAUUUAUGCAGAAGAUUCUCCAGCCGCCAGUCGUAUAAUCUUGGAAGAUUUCUACGUAGACGAUCUUUUGACUGGCACGGACUGUUUAGAAGAAGCGAUCAAAUUAAAAAAUGACGUAUCAUCUAUCCUGGCAACAUCGGGUUUUGAACUCCGGAAAUGGGCAACGAACGAGUCGCGUAUUUUGAAUCCAUCGGAUGGAAUACAAUCCCACGUACACAUUACAUCCGACAAGGAGAUAAAAACGCUCGGACUUCUCUGGGAAUCGCAGAUGGACAUACUGCGAUUCUUAGUGCAAAAACCAUUUGAACAUCGUGUCACAAAACGAACAAUAUUAUCGGACAUUUCCCAGAUUUUUGACCCCCCUCGGACUGAUUGGGCCAGCUACUAUUCAAGCCAAAAUAUUAUUACAAGAACUAUGGCAGCUACAACUGCAGAAGCUGAGAAAAUUGAAUUGCAUGGGUUUUGUGACGCGUCCCAGAAGGCCUACGGAGCCUGUCUUUAUCUGCGGACGUUCAACAACGGACAAUGGACCACUAAGUUAAUAUGUGCAAAAUCACGCGUAGCUCCAUUAAAGGUAAUCACUCUCCCAAGAUUAGAACUAUGUGGAGCAGUACUGCUGGCACGACUUACAAGAAAGGUGCGGCAAGCGUUACGAUUAUCCUGCGACGAGUACUACUGGUGUGAUUCUACGAUCACGCUUGCAUGGCUCAAAUCAUCACCCAGUAAAUGGAAGACAUUCGUGGCCAACAGGACGUCUGAAAUCCAGGAACUAUCUCGCGGAAUUUGGAUGUAUGUGCAAUCAAAGGAAAAUCCUGCGGACAUCAUAUCGCGUGGAGUCAACCCUUCGUCACUUGUUUCGGCAACCCUUUGGUGGAACGGACCUUCAUGGCUAGAAAGGGACACAGCUACCUGGCCAGCAAUAGAACCACAUACAACUGAAACACCAGACGUUAACGAAGUACAGUGUGCAUUCAUUGCAGUAAAAAAGGAACAUUUAUUCGAACGAUUUUCGUCAUUCACGCGACUCCUACGCACGAUCACAUAUUGUCUACGGUUUGUAAAAAACGUAAGAAUCCGUAUUCAUAAUCGCAUCAAGGUAGUGAAUAGGUCAGAAGAUACUACCAGUGUACACACGGGUUACCUUUCAGUAAAGGAAUUGAAAGAUAUCGAAAUCCGUCUUCUUCAAAUUACACAAUCAGAUUGUUUUCUGGAGGAACUUAAGAAAUUAAGGACUGGGCAAGCGCUCCCAAAAUCCAGUACACUACGAUCUUUGAAUCCAUUUCUCGAUGAAACUGGACUGAUCAGGGUGGGCGGUAGAUUGAAAGAAGCCCAGCUUCCCUUUAAUCAACGACAUCCCGUCAUACUGCCAUCGAAACAUCAUCUUACAAAACUUCUAGUCGCACAUGAACAUUUAAGGUUAUUGCACGCAGGCUGUCAAGCGACUCUAUCGUCGUUACGCAGACGAUAUUGGCCGCUUUCAGGUAAAAUUCUUAUAAAAAACACAAUACGAAAUUGCGUUCGAUGCUUCAGGACUAAACCCGUGACUCAAGAAUACCUGAUGGGGAAUUUACCUGCCGUACGAAUUAUCCCAACGCGCCCAUUUUCUGUAUGCGGCGUGGAUUAUGCAGGCCCGGUAUUCAUAAAGGAAAAAAUACGUACGAGGGUCACAUCGAAGGCCUACUUGUGUAUUUUUGUCUGUUUCGUGACAAAGGCAAUUCAUUUAGAGCUAGCUAUAGAUUUAAGUACCGAUGCAUUCUUAAAUGUCUUGCGACGAUUUAUUUCCCGCCGAGGACUAUGCCGCAGUCUAUACUCCGACAAUGGAACCAAUUUCAUCGGCGCGCGCAACGAACUUCUCGAAUUAGGCACACUUUUAAGGGACAGUAAACACAAUGAACGGGUAACCAAAUUUUUAAGUGAUAAUCAAAUUGAAUGGCACUUAAUUCCGCCUCGCGCUCCUCAUUUUGGUGGAUUAUGGGAAGGAGCAGUAAAGGCCACGAAAUUCCAUUUGAAGCGCGUUAUCGGGGAUACGAAACUUACGUACGAAGAAUUGUAUACGCUGUUAACACAAGUAGAGGCAUGUUUGAACUCCCGACCCCUAUAUCCUUUAUCCGACGAUCCUACUGAUUUAUCUCCAUUGACACCUGGACAUUUCCUUAUUGGUGACACGUUGAAUGCGCUCCCUGGCCCUGAUAUUCGACACAUCCCAGAAAAUCGACUUAAUCGCUACCAGCACAUUCAAAGAAUGUUACAGCAUUUUUGGCAACGAUGGAACACAGAAUAUCUCCACCAAUUACAACAACGGACCAAGUGGCAGACAGCAUCCCCCUCUCCGCUCGCACCAGGGACAUUGGUUGUUGUGAAGGAGGAUAAUUGUCCACCACUGCAAUGGAGAAUGGGACGGAUCACCGAACUUCAUCCAGGGAAAGAUACGAUUACAAGAGUCGUAUCAGUUAAGGUCUCCGAUGGGAUUGUAAAACGCCCAGUAACAAAAAUUUGUAUCUUACCUAUAGACACUGAUAACGACACAGUACCGGGACAAGAAUAG